GUGACGCGGGUGCACGCGGACGAGAGCGGCCGCCUGGUGCUGGAGUUCGAGACGGAGGCGCGCUUCCCGGGCCGCUUCGUGCUGCAGCACGCGGCGCUGCCAGGGGCGCAUGCGCAGGUGCUGCCGCCGGCGUCGGUGCCCUCGCCCUUCGCCCUGCGCGCCGCGCCCCGCGCCGCCCACCGCCCCGCGCGCCAGGCCUGGACGGCGCACAGCGCCUUCAGCCUGCAGGUACUCGCCUCUUCGCUCGCUCCGGGGGAGACCAAUGCAUGGAUGCUGCCAGACACCGCACUUAUUUUAGGGUGUCUAGUUUGAUACUGUAACUCGACCACUUAGAAUAAAAAAAUAACAUCAUGGCGUCGCUUACCUCGGGAGGCGUGGCUAAGCCAUCCCCCACCGAAGGGUAGUGUAACG